AUGGUUAAUCCAAAAUUAAGUGCCAUCACACAAAUUGCUAUUAAAGAUUGGCUUCUAAUCCUAGGUUUAAUCUUUGGUGGAUGUUGUUCAAAUGUUUUCACAUUAGAAAAAAUCGUUACAACAAAUCCAGAUUCUGGUAAUAUUGUAACAUUUGCACAAUUUUUAUUUAUUGCUCUUGAGGGUUAUAUUCAUUUUUUUGAUAAGACAAGACCACCUUUUUAUAUUAAAGAGAAUAAAGUUCCAUUGAAAAGAUGGUCAUUAACUAUUAUUAUGUUUUUUUUGAUUAGUAUUUUAAAUAAUUCUGUAUUUAUAUUUAAAAUUUCUAUACCAAUUCAUAUUAUUUUUAGAAGUUCUGGAACUGCUGUUGUUAUGAUUAUUGGUUGGUUAAUUGCUAAAAAGACAUAUAAUAGAACUCAAAUUGCUUCAGCUUUAUUAUUAACUUUAGGUGCUAUUAUAACAACUUUAUAUAAAGAUUCAGAAUUUUUAUCCAAGAGAGAUGAAAUUGAAUCCACUGGUGGAUUCUUAGAAACUAUAUCAAAUGAUGUAUUAUUCUUCAUUGGUAUUGGUGUGCUGUUAUUUGCAGCUAUCUUAAUGGCCCUUUUAGGAUUAUAUAAUGAAGAAACUUAUAGAAAAUAUGGUAAACAUUGGCAAGAAAAUGUUUUUUAUUCUCAUUUAUUUGGUUUACCAAUUUUUAUAUUCAUUUUACCAAAAAUUAUAUCAGAAUUUAAAGCUUUAUUAGAAUAUCCGGAAACUUUUAAUAUUUUAGGUUGGGAAUUCCCUAAACAAGUUGUUUACCUGGGUUUAAAUGUCCUAACUCAAUUUUUUUGUGUUCGUGGUGCAAAUAUGCUUGCAGGUAAUACCACAGCAUUAACAGUAUCAGUUGUAUUAUUAUUAAGAAAAUUCACAAGUUUAUUAUUAAGUAUGUGGUUAUUUAAUAAUAGUUUAAGUAAAACAGGUUCAUUUGGUGCUUUCCUAGUGUUUUUUGGUGCAUUCUUGUAUAGUUAUGGUUCAACUCAAAAUAAAUCACCUGUGGUUAAACCUCCUCAAGAACAACAAAUGGAAAUUAGGGAAGAAAUUGAAUUUAAAGAAUUAAAACCAAAUGAUAAAGAUGAUGUGGAAAAAGCCAAAUUGGCAGAGUAA